UUUUGUGCUCGGGUCUCUUGUGUAUGUCUGAAGCCCAGCCCUUUUCCAUCAGCGGCCGCCGGGUCGCACUCGCGGACAAUAACUCCACUGUGAACUGACGCUCACCUCCCGUUAUUCCUCACCAAAUACACACACAGAGCCGCGAAUGAUAGACAAGAGACGGGCUUCCCGGAGUUUGCGCCUCUAAAAAUACCCAGGGACUCAUUCGUUUUUAGGAAAUCAUUCUUUGCGUGGAGACAGACAGCGAGGGACAAACACACGUGUGUGCACGGUCGGGCACAAGCGCUCCCGGUGAAGUUUACAGACUGAAAGUCUCCUCGCUCGUGCGGAUUAAUCGGGAUUCAAAUCACUGCGAGUCUGUGGGAGGCGAAGCGUCGCGUUUUUUUGUUCCAAAGAAGAUUUCAUCGCUUUAAUUGCAGACUGUCUCCUCAGGCAUGUGCUAUGCCACUGGAUAACCAAGAGGACAGCAGCCUCCCGAACAUUAUAUGUCUGACAAAUGUGUUUUUGCAGUGCAGUGUGGGAUGGCCCUCAUCUUGACCCUGCUUCAGUCCCUCAUCCUGGGUGUUCUGGGGGUCCACAGCAGUUACUCUCGCUUCUCUUCCAACAACACGGUCUUCCAGCACCUGGCAUUGCACCCUGACCCCAGCGUAGGAACGGUCUACGUGGGGGCUCGGGACCAUCUGUUCCAGCUGGCUGGCCUUGAUGGCCUCCGUCUUGAAGUGGAUGAAAGAACCGGCCCAGUGAGAGACAGCAAGGACUGUCUGCCUCCGGUAACCCUGGAGAACUGCCCUCAGGCUGGGCUCGUUAGCAACCACAACAAGCUCCUGUUGGUGGAUCCAUACUCCCUCCAGCUCAUCACCUGUGGCAGCGUACACCAGGGCACCUGCCAGAAACGCAGCCUAGCCAAUGUGAAGGAAGUCCUCUUCUCUGCCGAGAGACCUGUAGAUACGCAGUAUGUGGCGGCUAACGACCCUACGGCAUCAACAGUUGGGCUUGUGGUGCGACCGCAAGACAAGGAUCCAGUCCUGUAUGUGGGCCGAGGCUACACCAGCAGUCACCCGCCGGUCUCCACUCGCCAACUUUUGACAGAGCCAGUGUUUUCCUACGAGGAAACUGCCAAACUUGCCGUUGCCGGACGCCUCUCGGAGUACGAUCACAAUUUUGUCGCAACCUUUGCGCGACGCAACCACGUCUACUUUUUAUUCUAUAGGCGCGACCUGAAAGCCUCACGGGAAUAUCGUACGUAUGUGGCACGGGUUUGUCUGGACGAUCAGGCGUAUUACUCUUACGUUGAGGUACCGCUAAUGUGUCACUCAAACGGAAGGAACUACAAUUUCCUCCAGGGGGCGCAGGUGGGUGGUGAGGAAUCUGGAAACUCGCAAGUUUUGAUGGGAGUUUUUUCGACGGCGGUUAGUGCUGCUAAUGGACCCAGUGAGGAAUCGACGUUGUGCGUGUACCUUCUGGAUGAAGUGGACCAUGCUAUUGAUGCUACACGAGACCUGUGCUACACGCAGAAUGGGGAGAAGAACGGCAGCGCGGUGGCAUACAUUGAGUACGACGUUAAAUCCAACUGUGCCAACCUGCCCACAAACACCCUGAACGCUUAUCCCUGUGGCUCGGACCACACCCCGAGCCCAAUGGCGAGCCGGGAUCCAGUUAAAGCCAAAGCCGUAUGGGACAACCCAUCCGCCCGUCUAACUGCUGUCGCUGUUAGUGUAAAGGAGGGGCAUACUAUUGUUUUCUUGGGUGACUCCAAAGGCAAUUUGCAUAAGGUGUUCCUGAGUAACUCAGGGGAGGCGGAGAAUUACUCCACCCUUCUCAUCCAACCUGGUUUGGCCAUCAACAGUGACUUACUACUGGAUUCCACUCAUAAACACAUUUACAUCAUGACCAGCCAUUCUGUGGAGAAGAGGCCUGUGGCAGAGUGUGACAAGCACACUGAUUGCACUUCCUGUCUGGCGGCGAAAGACCCUUACUGUGGUUGGUGUGUUCUUGACGGCCGGUGUGGGAUGCGUUCAGACUGUAGGCUGGGCUCAGUUGAAGGUCAUUGGCUGUGGAGUUUUGAUGAGCAGCAGCAGUGCUUGAGAGUGGAGUCACUGAGCCAAUAUAACGCCAGCCUUGGAGAACAGAGACUGAUCGCUGUGGAUGUCCUGGGUUUGCCCAGUCUGUUAGAGGGAGACAUGUACUCGUGUUUCUUUGAAGAGGCUGAAACGGCUGCUUCAGUCCAGGGCACCACGGUCACCUGUGCCACUCCUGAGGCCCACAGACUUCCACCUGUACAACAGGGAGAGGAUUCCGUGUCCGUCACACUGUCCCUGCGCUUCCGGACUGUCACCGUAGCGGCAGCAGGCUUCACCUUCUACGACUGCUCUGUGGUGCAGCAGCUCUCUGGCAGCAGGCCGUGUGCUGGUUGUGUGAACAGCCGUUGGAAAUGUAACUGGUGCAUCCACCAGCAUGUGUGCACUCACCGGUCCACAUGUGACCGCGGUGUGAUCAUCUACAACCAGCAUUUCACGCUCCCCACAUCUGCUCCUCAAACAAUAAAAGACUUUGACGCGUACACGUAUACCACCUCGACACCCACGACAACAACCCUCUCGACCACUGAGGUUCCCAUAACAACCGAAGCCAUUGUCAUGACUACCCCUUCAGUGACCCCUCCCACUACUCCAGAGCCCACUGCCGCCCCCACCACACCUCUGGAAACCACAACCCCACUCACCGAUGCACCCACUACCCCCAACCACGCCACAACAUCCUCCAUGCGCCCAUCCAGCGCCACUACGGAGUCAACCGAUACGCUCACAGAGGCCACGACCCUCUCGCAAAAUGGCUCUUGGGUGGAUGAGCGCAUCCAGGUAGGUUUGCUGUCGACCCCAACCCCGCAAUCAUAUGAAGAACUCGUGGGACAGUCAUCGCGUGAAGAGGCCGCUGAAGUGACGCUGCCCGCGUUGAGAGCCGGGGAAGUGGUGACAAUGGGGCCGUUGAGUGAAGUGCUGCCCUCAUCUUCCUCUGAAGUGGUCACCCUCUCGCAGGCGGAGAUGGAUAUAGAUGCCCUUAUAGACACGGGCAUCCCUGUGUCGUCAGCCAGCGCCCCCUCUGGCGACGGUGAGGCAGGGCCUGAUUCAUCCGAUUUCGCCCUCGCUCCAGACACUGACUACCAGUCCGACUCGGAUGACCUUUUCCUCCUGGAAGAAGAGAGUGUGCUGAUGAGCCGAGGUUCUCACGCCUGUCCGUGUGUGGAGAGCAUCCAGGGCAGCUCUCUUCUACCUGUCAAUGUUGAGAGGAAGAUCACUCUGGUGGGACGCAACUUACACCUCUAUCAGGAUAAAGAUCUUGAUUACCAGUGUGUGUUGGUGAUUGAGGGCCGGUCGGUGGUGGUGGACGCUUUUGUGGAAGUGGACGACACUCAGCCAUCUCUGUUCUUCAUUACAUGUCAGCUGCACCAGUACUCCUACUCUGCUGCCGUGGAGGAAUACAGCAGCAUGAUCUCGGUCAGGAGGAGGGACUCGUUCCAGAUGGAUUACCCAGAGGACCUGCAUGUGCGGCUGUAUAACUGCUCCGUGGGCCGCUCCGACUGCAGCCGCUGUCACACGGCCGAUCAGCAGUACGGGUGUGUUUGGUGCGAGGGGUCUCGCUCCAGCUGCGUCUACAAGAGCUCCUGCACCGACCGCGUCCAGCAGACCUGCCCUGCACCUCACAUACAUACGAUCGAGCCUCUUUCUGGUCCAGUGGAGGGCGGCACAGUGGUGACCGUGUCUGGCUCUAAUCUGGGUCAGAGAGCUGAAGACAUCCAGCACUCAGUCACUGUAGCAGGAGUCCCCUGCACCGUCAUCCCCGACAGAUACGAGGUGUCCUCCAGCAUUGUUUGUGAGACCACAGCGAGUGCAGGGGAGCAGAGCGGGCAUGUCUCGGUGCAGGUUAAAGGUGGAGGAAUCGGGCAGUCUGCCCAGCGCUUCCGUUACCAGGACCCAGUGUUAUUGGGAGUGUCUCCUCUGAAAGGCCCAAUGUCAGGCGGCACAUCACUCACCAUCACGGGACGGAACCUUCUGACGGGCCGUGCCAGUGAGAUCAGCAUCCUGAUUGGUGGAGUCCCAUGUCACAUUUCUCCCGAGCAGUACAACAACGAACAUGUUGAGUGUGUGACCGGGGCGAGUAACAGAACCAGAGAGAGUGGCGUUACAGUGCGGUUUGGUAGAGCUGAGCGCCAUCUACAGAAAGUGCUCUAUCAUUACACCCCAGACCCCAAUGUGACCCAUGCUGCUCCCUCCAAAAGCUUCCUCAGCGGGGGCCGUAUCAUUCGAGUGUCUGGCCAGCAUCUGGACGUGGUUCAGGAGCCCCGUAUCCGUGUGACCCUGACCCCUCUGGAGCCACACUCUCAGAAGAGGAGGAGGAAGAAGAAGAGGAGGAGUGCGAAUCACAGUCUUCUCAGAAGGGAGCGGAGGAUCGUCCCAGAGCCCAACUGUCCUGAAGAUAGUCUCUGUGUCGUCAAACAGGUAGAGUUCACACAAGUGGAGGAGCGCUGCACAGUGAACAGCUCAAUUCUGAUCCUGUGUCCCACUCCGGAGGUGGGGCCCGAGGCCCUGCGUGCUGCCGUCAGUGUGCAUUUCCUCCUGGAUAACCUCCACUUUGAGUUUGAGGCGGUCAGCGGCAGCCCCUUCAGUUAUGAGCCCAAUCCUGUCCUUCACACCCUCAAUCAACACGACCCCAGCAAACCCUUCCGCCACAAACCCGGCAGCAUCAUCUCUGUGGAGGGGGAGAAUCUGGACCUGGCUAUGUCUAAGGAGGAGGUGGUUGCUGUGAUUGGUGAAGGAGAAUGUGCUGUGAAGACUCUAACCAGAAACCACCUGUACUGUGAGCCUCCGGCACAGCAGCCAUCAGUGGCAGCGUCCAAGAAACGAGAGGCCACCGACACGCUUCCAGAGUUCACUGUGAGGAUGGGCAAUCUGAACUUUUCUCUGGGCCGGGUGCAGUAUGAUUCUCAGGGCCCGGCUGCCUUCCCUCUAGAGGCCCAGGUGGGAGUCGGGGUGGGAGCCUCCAUCGUGGCUCUUAUCGUGCUGGUUAUCGUACUCAUAUACAGGAGGAAAAGCAAGCAAGCACUAAGAGACUAUAAAAAAGUCCAGAUCCAACUGGAGAAUUUGGAGACGAGUGUCCGAGAUCGCUGUAAAAAGGAAUUCACAGAUCUGAUGACAGAGAUGAUGGAUGUGUCCAGUGAUCUCAUGGGCUCUGGGAUUCCAUUCCUGGAUUAUCGUAAAUACUCGGAGAGGAUUUUCUUCCCGGGUCACCGCGAGUCUCCGCUGAGACGGGACCUUGACGUACCCGCCUGUCGCCGGGCCACGGUGGAGCAGGGCCUGGUUCAGCUCUCGAACCUGCUCAACAGCAAACUGUUCCUCACCAAGUUCAUUCACACACUGGAAGCCCAGCGAACCUUCUCUCCAAGGGACAGGGCAUAUGUGGCCUCCCUCCUCACGGUGGCGCUGCACGGCAAGCUGGAGUAUUUCACAGACAUCCUAAAAACUCUGCUUAGUCACCUGGUGGAGCAGUACACCACUAAAAACCCCAAACUCAUGCUACGCAGGACCGAGUCUGUGGUGGAGAAGCUGUUGACUAACUGGAUGUCCAUUUGCCUUUACACCUUCCUCAGGGAUACAGCAGGUGAGUCGUUCUACAUGCUGUUCAGAGCUAUAAAGCACCAGGUGGAUAAAGGCCCAGUGGACGCUGUUACAGGCAAAGCCAAAUACACACUCAACGACAACCGACUGCUGCGGGAAGACGUGGAGUACCGCACUCUGACUCUGAAUGUUCUGGUGACCAGCGGAGGUGCUGGUGAGUCUCAGACGGUCCCCACCAAGGUUCUGGAUUGUGACACCAUCACACAAGUGAAGGAGAAGAUCCUGGAGCAGACAUGUAAGGGCAUGUCAUGGUCCCAAAGACCCUCCGCAGACUCUGUGCAUCUGGAGUGGAGGGCGGGAGUGGCUGGUCACCUGAUCUUGUCGGAUCAGGACUUGACGUCAGUGGUUCAGGGGUCCUGGAAACGCCUCAACACUUUACAGCACUACAAGGUCCCAGAUGGUGCCACAGUAACACUGGUGUCACGACAAUCCAAGCAAAUCCACCACGACAGCCAUGACUACAUACCGGGAGAGAAGACCCCGAUGUUGGAGGAUGGAGAUGAAGGAGGUGUGAAGCAGUGGCAUCUGGUGAAGGCCAACGAGGAGUCGGAGCUACCCAAGCACAGACGGGGCAGUCUGAGAGACAAAGAGCGUGAGAGAGCCAAGGCCAUCCCAGAGAUCUACCUCACACGCCUGCUGUCUGUGAAGGGGACGCUGCAGAAGUUCGUGGACGAUCUGUUCACUGUGAUUCUGAGCACCAGUCGGCCGGUUCCUCUGGCCGUGAAAUAUUUCUUUGAUCUGCUGGAUGACCAGGCCACACAGCACAACAUUACAGACCCAGAGACAAUCCACAUAUGGAAAACAAACAGCUUGCCGCUGAGAUUCUGGAUCAACAUCCUGAAGAACCCUCAGUUCAUCUUCGAUGUUCAGGCCUCUGACAAUGUCGAUGCAGUGCUGUCAGUCAUCGCUCAGACCUUCAUGGACUCCUGCACUAUAGCCGAUCACAAACUGGGCAGGGAUUCCCCAAUCAACAAGCUCCUGUACGCUCGAGACAUCCCACGAUACAAACAAAUGGUGGAGAGAUAUUAUUCAGACAUAAGACAGACCAUCUCUGUCAGUGACCAGGAGAUGAACUCUUCUCUAGCUGAACUCUCUAGGAACUACUCUAAUGAAGUUAAUCAUCUAGUGGCAUUGCAUGAGUUGUACAAGUAUAUCAACAAAUACUAUGAUCAGAUCAUCACAGCUUUAGAGGAGGACUCCACGGCUCAAAAGAUGCAGCUGGGAUACAGGCUCCAACAGAUCGCUGCAGCUGUGGAGAAUAAAGUCACUGACCUUUGACCUGUAACCUCGGACAGACACUUGCAAAGACUGUAAAAGAGACAAAGCCAAUGACACAGAGAGACCAGAGACCUUGCCAAAAGGCAUGAACUCUUACUUCCUGAAGCCUCCAGAGCACUAAGGAGAACAGAGGAUAUUUGAGAUGGAUCGUUAUGAAUAAAGACGGCAUUCCCAGAUUCAAGAAGUGUGAAUUUCUCCUAGAGAGUUACACGUACACUAUUGCUGGUCUAUAGAGCUGCUGUCUGCCUCUCUGCUUACACUAGGAGUCUUUGUUACAUCUGCACAGCCGUCACUCGCCAACACGCUACAGUGCCUGUGAAACUACUGUUGUUGCCGGAGCAUUUCUCAGAAGUCCUUUAUCUGAUGCGGGAUUUUUGCAUUGCCAUGUGCGGCCCCAAGCUCAGAACGCGUGUCGAACAUGCUUGAGCGCCACCUUUCCUGUAUUUAAAAAAGAAGUCUUACUGUUUGGCGAGUUCUUGGGAAACUACUAACUCAUGCAUUUGGUGUGAUGUGCUUUAUGUUGCAACCCAUGUCUUAAAAGCAAAGGAUGGCUUCUAAGGACAACUAAAUGAUUUUUUUUUUUUUUCUCCAAUACUCCCAUAGACCUUUUGUUUGUCCGGAUUUUUUUUUUUUUUUACAUGAAAAAACACUGGUUUAAGGGACCUCACUUAAACAGAGCCAUGUUUUCAUGUGGCAUAGACUACAGUAUUAUAUACAUUAACAUGCAUGGAUACUCACCGUGAAUUCUGAGAUUUUAGGUUGGCACAUGCAUGUCGCGUGUGCAUUUUAUUGUCGAUUAUGCUUAUGUAAUGGCAGUUUAACCCAAUUAACACAAUUGAUUUAGGUAAAUAGGUUUCAUGUAACGUUCACAAUGCUCAGUUGUACAUUUGUUCAUAGUCAUUAAGGUUUGUUUCUUCAGUGUUGAUGUGUGCUUUUCGAUGUUUUAGGUUGGCUUUCAGUAAAAAAAAAAAAAAAAAAAAAAGCUUGUGUGCCUGUCCCAAAUGUGUAUAUCUGCGGUACAUCCCUGCACACCUGGCUGAAGUAUUUACGACGGAAGUAUUUAAUUUAUGCUUUCUUUCUUUUUUUUUUUUUUGUGCAAUCAUGGCCAUCCUUUCAAACGUUUUAACUAUUUUCAAUGGAAACUUAACUUAUAUAAAAUAUAAAAAUAAAAUAUCAAAGUUAAUUGCAACUUUAUUCAUCAAAAUUUUGACUUUUUAUCUCACAAUUCAGACUUUAUAACUUGCAAUUGGAAAUGUACAUCUGAAAAAUAAAGUGGGAAUUAUGAGAUAUAAACUCACAACUCUGACUUUUUCUUGCAAUUGCAAGUUUAUAUCUCACAAUUCUAACUUUAUUUCUCAGAAUUUUGAAUAUUUCUCAGAAUUGCGGCUUUAUAUCUCACAAUUGGUACUUUAUAACUUGCAGUUUUGAGUGUAUGUCUCACAAUUGCUAGAAAAAAAAGUCAGAAUUGCAAAAUAAAUUGCCACACUCUUAAUGCUUGAUUUGUUUUGGCGAUCAGAUCAUGACUAACAUUUUUUAUUUUACAUCUGAACACUGAAUGCACAUUUUAAGGUGAACUAAAUUCAGCUGCUGCGAUAACUGUCGUACAGUGUAUUGCGCGCACUUUUUACGUUCUUAUUGAUUUUUAUGUAUUUAUUUAUUUAUUUUGUGUUCGAUCGAUGUACAGACCAAGUUUCAUAAUUAUGAUCCACCCCCAAAUUAAAAAUUAACUUUUUUCUAAUCUUGUAAUCUACAGCGAACUGACUGCAAUUGUCAGUGUUUGUUCAGAUCUCUUCAUGCAGAUAUACUGGUCUUAUUUUUUGCUGUAGUUCACUGUUGUGCUCGGUGUUUUAUACGUAUGUGUGGCUGUGAUACACUAUAGAUUAUUUUGUAAGUCUUGCACAGGAUGCGUUGGCCUGUUUGAAGCGAUUGUAAAUUCUUUCUACCAUCUGUUUGUUCUUUUACCUGUGCAUUUCUAUUGUAAAUAAAAUGUUGCUAUAACUCA